ACCGUGAUGCAUACUCUUUCUGAACUCAAUCGUGCAAACCUUAUUACCUAAUACAAUCGUGGCGAUCUGACUAACAGUGUGGAGAAUAACGCCGGUAUUUCGUCAUUCAGUUCGUUAUUCUGAUUUGUAAGGUCGUGGAGCGUCAAGUAACGCUUUGCUUCGUUAAAAGACUUUUCUAGAACAAGCGAUCACUACUACUCUCUUUCGAAAGCUGAAGUCAAACAUGGACGGUGGUGGAGGCGAUUCGUUUGAUCCAUGUGAGUGUAUAUGCAGCCACGAAGGUGCAAUGCGAAGACUUAUUUCUUUGCUGAGAUCCUCUCAGAGUUAUUGUACAGAUAACCAGUGCUUGCAAGAAUUACCAGGCCCACAGGGAAAUGAUACUGGAGGAGACAGUCACACUGCAUUCUAUAUUAUGAUAGCCUGGUUGAUUAUUGCUUUUGUCUUGUAUCUACUCAGACCCCAGAGUAUGAGACAAGGUCCAGAGAAACCAAGUCGCAGUGAUAGAGAUCCUGGCCCUCAACCUCCAGCACCUCCUGUGCAUUAAAUGGACCACACUCAUUGACCUCUGAUAACAAGGAUUGACUUGUUACCAUAUAGUGACAUUAAUAUUGGCAAUUAGAUUAGGCAUAAACAUGUAGUAAGCAAGAUUAUGUACAGGAUGUGUUAUUACCUUCAGUCAGAUGAAUUGUAAACUUAAGUUCUGUGUCUGAGAAGUGGGAUUAAGGUUCAUAUGUAGUGAUCCAAAGCACAAUCUGUUAUUAGCUGCAAGUUAAAUGCUAAACAAUUCUCUGAAUAUUUGUAAAUAAGUGUUCCCCUCCUUAAUGCAAGCCCAAGAUGCAUUUAUUUAAAUAUGGGGACUGCUCAAGUUCAUUGCGUUAGUUUGAGUGAAUCAUUUUGUAGUUUCCUAGUUCCAUAAGAUGUGAAUAGAUGAUAGAUUGGAUUGAUAAUUCUUUAGAAGUACUGAAUUUUGUUUUGUGUAACAUAGGGGGGGAUUGGACAGUACUUUGGGUAGGAGUGCAAUAUUAUUGAAACUCUUGAAGAAACUUUAGAGGUUUAUCCAAAUGUUAAAUGGUUUGUUUACUCAACUUGUUCCUCAUGCUAAUCAAUGCACAAAAGCAAGGAUUCAUGGGGAUUUUUGAACCAGUCAUUGAACAGUACAUGAAUAAAAAGGAGGAAUUGGUGGGAGGUUUGAAACAGAGAACAGAACACAUACAAGUAUCCAUGCUGAAAAAGAAAUUGUUUAUCUGUGUAAAUACUGAGAUAAUGGGUAAAAAGUGGGAUAACUGUAUCAAUAAUAACAUAGUGCAAGUUAUAUUACAGAAGGCAUUCUUUAAAUUGGUACAUGUAGAUAAAAAAUUAAACAUUACCAUUUAGGAAUGUUAUCUAUUUAUUGCUUUUCAUAAUGUAACAUCAUUCUUAAAGUGUAAUUUUCAAUUUGCUCUUUCUAACUUGUGUCUGCUGGGGUUAGUAACCCAUCAACAAAUUAAGAAUUACUCCUGCAGUAAAAAAAAUGGCAGUUUUAUUAUUAUUACAAUUGAUUAUUGAUAAGUUAUGCCAAUGCCUACUAGUGUACAAUUAUUGUAAUGCAAAAAAAAAAGAAUAAAAA